AUGACAGCCUUAUUGAAGACCAUGAUAGACACAUUCCCCGCCACCGACUCUGGGAGCAAGCGAAAUAAGCUCGAAGGACACUCAACAGACUACACUGGGUGUGUCAACAUCGGGCGGCCAAGAACAGCAACUCAUGACGGGCCAGCUUACAAUUGUAUUCAAGAUGUUCUACAUUCCCGUGCUAAGUCAAUUCCAACGAGGUAUCUCUUUCUUUACCCGCUCGGGAGUACCGCAAAAUCGAUGCCGAGUCAAGUUUCGUAUGGCAGACUUUACGCUCAAGCCGAGAUCAAUAGUCGAAAGCUUGCAAGUCUCGCAGGCUUUAACCCUAGGAGACCGGUACUUCUUCAUCUAGACGAUCACUGGGAUGCUAUAAAUUGGUUUUGGGCCGUAGUCCUCGCACGCGGCAUACCAGUCAUGUCUCCACCCUUAGGAAACAUUGAAGAGAACCGCCAUAAACAUCUGCAAGCACUUUCGCAGUUGCUCGAAUCUCCCAUCUGUCUCGUAAGGGAGGGUUCUCUACCCCUAUUCAAGAAUAGCGGACAUACCUUGCAGUUGCACUCUAUCGAGACUCUAGAAGCGGAAGUCACACCUUCGGAGGCACAGACUGGAAACAAUAGCCUCCAUGAUGCUGCCGUAAAUAUUGCUGCGACACAUAAGCCCGACUACAAUCAGCUAGCUGUCCUCAUGUUGACUUCGGGCAGCACCGGUAAUGCAAAGGCUGUGCGACUCGGCCAUACCCAGAUCCUAGCUGCUGUUGCUGGCAAAAUGUCGAUGCGCUCGUUACCGGUCGACGGUGCCUUUCUCAAUUGGAUUGGGAUGGACCACGUUGCGGCUCUUGUUGAGACGCAUCUGUCCGCACUAUGGCUCGGCGUUGACCAAGUACACAUACAUGCUGCUGACGUCGUGGCGUUUCCGUCCCUAUUCAUAGAGCUAUUAAGCCGACACCGUAUCUCUAGAACGUUUGCCCCCAAUUUCUUCCUUGCACAGUUACUCGCAUCGGAUCCGGAACCCUUUACCGAAGCAGCUUGGGAUUUGUCUAAUUUAACGGCACUUAUCUCGGGGGGUGAAGCCAAUGAUAUGGACACAAUGAACGGGACAGUCGCAUUGCUCGGACGCUAUAAGGCACCAUACAACGUAGUCCAACCGGGCUUUGGCAUGACCGAAACGUGUGCAGGUGCCAUCUAUAAUGUGGAUUGCCCAGCGUAUGAGCUAAGGCUGGCUCUCAGUAUCGCGUCCCUAGGCCGCUGUAUCCCUGGCAUUGAGAUGCGUGUUGUGAAUGGUGCUGGUACGUCCAGAGAUGCCGGGGAGCCGGGAUAUCUUGAAGUUCGCGGCCCUGUCGUCUUUGACGGUUACUAUCGAAACCCAGUGGCGACGGCUGAGGCAUUUCCCUCGGGCGAUGGAUGGUUCCGUACAGGUGACAACGCUGUAAUUGGUGUUGACGGCACCAUGAGCAUGAUUGGGCGCGCUAAGGAAGUUAUCAACAUUAAUGGAGUCAAGGUUGUCACAGCCGAGGUUCAAGCCGCCCUAGAGGUGGCCUUGCGCGGGACGCACGUCAACCGUGUUGUAUGCUUCCCAUCCCGGGCACCGAAGGCUAUAACCGAGCAGAUCACGGUAGCUUACGUGCCGCGAAAGUGGCCGUUAGCACCCGUAGAAAUGGCAGAUAUUGACAGCCGUAUAGUCCAGGCGUGCAUGAUGGUGAGCACAACGCAGCCAUAUGUGUUCGUAGUGCAAACCAAAUAUCUUCAUUUGGUGCCGACAAGCACAUUAGGGAAGAUCUCUGGGAUCAAGAUGCGCGCGCUACUUGAAGGUGGCGCAUUUGACGAGGAUGUUGCUUACCAUUACCAACAUGUCAAGGCGUUUCGGCAGCAGAACCGACAGGCGACGGAGCAUCUAGCUUUAACCAGAGAAGAAAAGCUCCUGGUAGCAGACUUCUGUGAGACAAAAGGUCUAGACACAGGGUCCGUCGGCAUAGAUACGCCUAUUUUUGAAUUGGGGUUUACGUCGCUAGAUCUGAUAAGACUGAGGCAACGUAUUAAUAAACGAUUAGGAAUGACGGUGACUAUGGCUGUGCUGAUGAAAAAUCCGACCGUGCGGGCACUUGCUCCGGGGUCGAACGCAGAAUACGAUCCUGUAGUCAUCCUACAGUCAAGCGGGAGAAAAACACCACUAUGGCUCAUCCAUCCUGGCGUAGGUGAAGUACUCGUGUUCAUGGGGCUAGCGCAGCACAUGAGAAAGGACGAUAGGCCUAUCUACGCACUCCGGGCGCGUGGCUUUGAAGCCGGGCAGCAGAAUUUUAGUUGUAUCGCCGAGGCUGUGGACACAUACACGGCGGCCAUCAAGAGCAAACAGCCACAUGGCCCGUAUGCCAUUGCUGGAUACAGCUACGGUGCUAUGCUAGCUUUUGAGUCGGCGAAAAAGCUCGAGGAACACGGGGAGACUAUUGGCUUUCUAGCCAGCUUCAAUCUCCCCCCGCAUAUUAAACAGCGCAUGCGCCAGCUGACCUGGAACGUGUGCCUGCUACACCUGGGUCAAUUCCUAGGGCUUAUAGACGAAGAAACAGUUAAUCAAACAGUAGAAGAUGAUAUUACCUUCCGCGAGAUGCCGCGAGAUGCCGCAUUGCAGUGUGUACUUGCUGUUGCCGACGCAGAGCGGCUACGCGAACUAGGAUUAGACGAAGCUGCGUUGCUGCAAUGGGCCAAUGUCUCCUAUGGGCUUCAGAGAAUGGCGGUUGACUAUAAGCCGACAGGCAAUAUUGCGAGCUUAGACGUGUUCCACGCGGAACCACUUCAAGUGGCGGCAGCGUCGCGUGAGGAAUGGGUUAGUCAAUGGCUGAGCCAUUGGCAAGACUUCUGCCGAACGGAAGUACGCUUUCGCGAAGUUCAGGGAGGCCAUUAUACCAUGAUAGGACCCGAUCAUGUAACAUCAUUCGUUCAGACGUUGCGUGCGGCUCUGAAAGCAUGUAGGAUAUGA